AUGAAGCUUGCCUGGUCAUUUGCUGCUCUUGCCUCAGCCCGUCUGGGCGACGAAACAGCCCUCUCUGAGGAUCGAAUCUGGACCGCUGAUGUCACUGACUACCAGGCCUUCACCCUCGACGCCGACAAUCCCACCGCCUCCUGGUCCGUUCCCGUCUUCCCCGAUGCGAGCGGUUACGAUCGAUACUUGCCUAACAAGUACUACCGAAUCUACGUCACCGUCCCGGAAAAGAAGUCAAUCUCCGUCUCUUUCGCAAAUUUCGACGUUGAAGAAGCCGACGUCAACGGCGAGUGCAACUUGGACGCGGCCAUCAUCAUCAACGGCCCUGACGGAAACGCCGAGCUCGCCAGAUACUGCGGAAACGAUCCCAAGUCGAACUCGAUCGAAGUUGAGCCUGUUUUCGGGACUCGCGAGGACAUGACGCUCGUUUUCAAAACAAACGAAAACACCGUCGUCCACCGGGGCUUCACUGCUACCUUCACUCUCAUCGACCUGCCGGAAAAUGUGCUCGCUUGGAAUAUGAUCAACAACGCGUUUGAAAACUUGAAGACUGAGGUCUUCAACGGCCAUGGUCAUCGACAAGAUCAUAUCCAGAACAAAAAGUCAGCCCACAUGCAAAAAAUCAUGGAACGAUUCGUCUGGAUGAAGGACCACAGCUCCGUCGACCCACCGUGCACAAAAAAGGCGAUGCCCGGAACCGGCGAUGAUUUCAUGCAACCAACAACCGACUUUUCCGACCCUUGCGCCGCCCUUGGAAACUUUGUCGACUCGAUCAGGACCUUCCACUACGCGUACGUCUGCAUGGACGGCAUUUCGCUAGCGGACAAAGUCCCUGGAGAAACAAAGAAAGAACGACGAGCAAGAAAAAUGAAGCGGCCAAGCGUGGCCGUUAAAAUGCUUCAUCGACAAAAGAAGUUUUUGACCGACAAGAAGUUCCACGCCAUGGGCUGCCUGCUCUAA